AUCAUUUUAUAUCGAUAUUUGAUUCAGCACCGUACUGGUCAUUUUGAUUAAAGAUGGAGGAGACUGGUAAUGAGAAGUUUCUGUCAAGGAGGCGUUCUGCAGCACUUAAGGCUUUUAAAGUUAAAGACGAACGAGUAGCGACUUUUAAAAAGGUAGCAGCGAUUUUGCAAAAAUCUGAGACUGACAGAACCGCAGAGGAAACAGGGAUACUUGUAUCUUGUAGUGAUGUAGUAAAAGAGGUUAAUUUAAGGCAAGAAAAAAGGCAUAGAGUGAAAGCAAGAUUAGAAGAAGUAGAAGAUGCACCAGAAAUUUUGGAGGAGAAGUGCAUGAGAUUAGCAGCAGCAAUCAGCAGAGCAACAUCACUUGCUGUUUAUACUGGUGCUGGUAUUAGUACAGCUGCUUCUAUCCCUGAUUACAGAGGAACAAACGGUGUUUGGACUCGUUUGCAGCAAGGAAAGGAUAUUGGAAAUCAUGAUCUUAGCCAAGCAGAACCAACAUUAACGCAUAUGGCUCUUUACGCUUUGUACAAGGCAAGAGUUUUAAAACAUGUAGUUUCUCAGAAUUGUGACGGGCUUCAUUUGCGCAGUGGAAUACCUCGUACACUUUUAUCUGAAGUUCAUGGCAACAUGCAUGUAGAAGUUUGUAGAAUGUGUAAACCAUAUAGAGAAUAUUGGAGAUUAUUUGAUGUUACUGAAAAAACAGCUCGAUAUUCUCAUGGCACUGGAAGAUUAUGCCACAGAUGUAACUCUGUUCUGCAAGACUCCAUUGUUCACUUUGGUGAAAGAGGCAAUCUUCCUUGGCCAAUUAAUUGGACUGGUGCAACAAGAGCAGCGAAACAAGCGGAUGUUAUAUUGUGUUUAGGUUCUAGCUUAAAAGUUCUGAAGAAGUAUCCAUGGUUGUGGCAGAUGGAUAGGCCAAUCCACAAACGUCCGUCAUUGUACAUUGUAAAUUUACAGUGGACGCCGAAAGAUGAAAAUGCAGUUUUGAAAAUAAAUGGAAAAUGUGACGAAGUUAUGAAAAGAAUUAUGACUCAUCUUGGAUUGGAAAUACCACAGUAUAAUCGUGCCAAGGAUCCUAUUUUUUUUCAUGCUGUACGACUUAGAAAUAAUGAACAGUACACAACAAGUCAACCUUGUUUGGAAGAGCCAUCUGAUAUUGUUCAUAAGGAAUUAAAUCAAAUCAGUGAUAACUUUCACGAAGAUGUUCCAUCCGAAACCAAAGAGAAAGAAUGUGUUUCACCUAAAAGAGUAACUGAAUCAGUGUCUGCUUAUUCAGCACCAUUUUUUACUGCAUUACCAUUUUUAUCCAUGGGUUUGCCAUUUCCACCAAUGUACAUGUGUCCUCAACUAACACCACUUUUUUACUAUCCAUUUGUGCAAGUACCAAAUAUGACAUCAGACGUGCCAAAACCUAAACCUACUUGUACUUUUUGCAUGGAAAAUGAAGGUUCUCUCACUUGCCUUUAUUAUCAACGAGAUACAGACAAUUCUAAUUUAAUAGCAGCCGAGAGUAAGCAGAUAAAAGAUACAAAAACUUUAGUGAUCCAUGAAGAUCCUCCAAUAGCUGCUAAAAAUCCUGGUUGGUUUGGCAAAGGAUAUCGCAAAGGCAUGAAAAAGAAACGGUAGCAUUUACUCUUUCUAAUACGCGACUUCCUUUUCUUUUUUGUUAUAAUGCGAACGUAUGUAUAACAUGAUAUACGACGAUGUACGUAAAUGUUUGAUUUUUCCAUAUCAUGACGAGAUCUGUAUACAAGAUUUAGAAAUGUGUAGGAACUUAAUUCCAGUAUCCAAAAUUUUAGCAAUUAAAUUAAAAUAUUUAAAAUUAAAAGAACUUAAAUCUCUGUAAGCAUUCUACUAUUCCUGUUUAGUAGUUGUGUGAUUAUUUAAUUUUAAAGUUUCAAUUAUAGAAUAGAUAUAUAAAAAGUAUCUUUACGAAUUUAAUCUAGAAAUUGUUAAUUUUAUUGUUAAAAGCUUGCUAUGAAAUUUGCUUGAUUUGAUAUUUUUACUAUUGUACAGACUAAUUGUAUUGUGAUUUUUAGUUGUAAGAGUUUUAAAAUGUUGUGCAAAUCAUGAAAAGUUCAUAGUGACCAAAGUGAUAAAUCUUUUAUUAUAAUUUUUUACUUUGUAUUUGUACAGUUGAAUGUAUAAUUUUUUAAAAAAAGAAUGUGUGCAUAAGUAGGAUGUAUGUAAAACUUUUUGUAUCAUUUUUAUAUUGAUUUACCAUUCCAGUCUUAUGAACUAAACAUUAUAACAAAAUUAAUCCUAUGGAUAUUAAAGGACUGUUUGUAAUAAAUAUCGAACUAUUAGCUCUUUUUUUAGUAAACAAUGUAAUAAUCAGUAUAAAAUUUUAUAUAAAAAUAUAAAUUUCCAUCUUUCA